CACUCCAAUAUUCUGGCCUAGAGAAUUCCAUGGACUGUAUAGUCCAUGGCAUAACAAAGAGUCAGACAUGACUGAGCGACUAUCACUUUCACUUUUCAUGCUUUUCAUAAAUGGCCUUGAGGAAAUUUCCUCAAUACCAUAAGUGGUAUUGAGGAAAUUUCUAUUUUAUUGAAGUUUUUUUUAUCAUGAAUGGGUUUUAAAUUUUUUCAAGUGUUUUUUACGCAUAGUCUUACUUUUAAUUCUUACUUGAAUGUUGGUAGAAUUGAGCUUUGAAGCCAUUUGGUCCUAAGCUUUUAACUUUUGGGAUUUUUUUUUUAAUUAAUAUUUGAAUCUCUUUAUUUGUUACUGGAGUGUUGAGUUUUUCUAUUUUUUCUUGUUUUAGUCUUGACAGGGUGUAUGUUUCUCAGAAUUUAUCUAUUUCUUCUAGGUUUUCCAAUUUGUAACUGUUCAUCAAUAAUAACAGCCCCUUAUGAUUAUGCUUCUUUACUUCUGAGGUAUCUGUUGUAAUGUCGCUUUCCUUUCUGUGGUUAUUUCAGUUUCCUCUCUUUCCUUCUUCCCUUAGGUAAGGGUUUAUUGAUAUUGUUUGCUUCUUUUGAAAAAUGCACUUCCAGUUCUUGCACAUGCACACUGGGCAUUCUGGCACAAGGGCAGUGUGUUUAGAGGUGUCGCUUAGCAACGAUCAUUCUGGGAUGAAAGAUUCCAAACCGUUGAGCUUCCCAGCUGGGAGGUUGCGGCGGGACGGCUCUGGCUUACCUGUAGAGCUUGUGUUGGGUUUAGGGGACUGUGAAGAGCCGAGGGGGAGGUGAGGUGUGUUUGGAGCCCAUAGGCUCUGCGAUGAAGAAGAUUUUUGGCUACAGGAGUGAGAAGGAGUCGCCCUUAGACUCCUCCAUCAGCCUGGGGAGAGACAGAGGUCAUCAUAGAACCAGCUUCCAGCCCAGGUACCACAUCCGAGACAGGGACCUCAAAAAGAUCCACAAAGCUGCCAGCGUAGGCAACGUAGCCAAAGUGAAGCAGGUUCUGUUGCUCGGAAGGAAUGGCCUGAACGACAGGGACAAGAAGAACAGGACUGCGCUCCACUUGGCCUGUGCCAGUGGCCAUUCAGCGGUGGUCACUCUCCUCCUGGAGAGAAAAUGCCUGCUUAACCUCGGUGACAAUGAAAAGAGGACAGCGCUGAUGAAGGCCGUCGAAUGCCAAGAGGAGGAGUGUGCGACUCUUCUGCUGGAGCAUGGUGCUGACCCAAAUGUCAUGGACGUCGGUGGCAACACCGCUGUCCACUAUGCUGUCUUUUGCCAGAAUUUAUCACUCGCAGGAAAGCUGCUUUCCUAUGACGCCGAUAUAGAAGCCAGGAACAAGGAUGACCUGACACCACUGUUACUUGCGAUAUGUGAAAGGAGAGGGCAAAUGGUGGAGUUUUUAGUAAAGAAAAAAGCAAAUAUACAUGCGGUUGAUAAGAUGAAAAGAACAGCCCUCAUGCUUGCUGUCAAGUGUGAAUCACCAGAUGUCGUCAGACUUCUUCUGCAGCAAGGUGCUGACAUCGUUUCUCAAGAUGUUUUUGGAUGGACUGCAGAAGAAUAUGCUGUUAUUAGUGGUUUUGAUAUCUUUCGCCAACUGAUUUCUGAAUAUAAAGAAAAGAGAUCUAAAACUUCUCCUGAAAAUAGCAACCCAGUGGGUGAGAGUUCUGAAGAGCACUCUUCAAGGAGGUUUCCCAACAAACCUGGCGUUGAUUUAGGGCCUACAUCAAAUGAUGAAGUCUUAGAUUUUAAAACUAAGCAUGUCCUGAAAUCAAAGUUAAUGAAGGCUUCUCAGCUAUCCAAGAGAAACAAAGCAAAAUGUGGUAUUUUGAGACCAGAGGGUACAACUUUCUCUCAGGACAAUAAUUCUGGUAGUAAUGUUGAAGAUGUGGUUGAAACAUUUCCCCAACCAUCUCCCUGGUUUGAGGGCAUCUGUCAUCCUGCCUUCCCAUCGCCUGAGCCUGUUCCAAAACUUCUCAAGUCUGUAGCAGGCCUUGGUCGUACAAAGCAGAGUAUCUCUGAGAUCCUUCCACAGAAGUAUGUGGAUCAUUUACCUGGAACUGCUGGUCAAAGAGGAAAAAAGACAUUAAAUGGACAAGUAGAAGAGUCUCCUGGGAAAUAUCCUAACGUGCAGCCAGCAGUCAGAAUGAAAGAUUCUGUUCCUAAUAAAACAGUCAGAAUGAAGGAUUUCCAAACAUCCAUUUCAGAUCUGUCAAGAGAACUAGACUUGGAAAUGAUAACAGAGGAAAAACAAGAAACACUUGAUGAAGAUGAAAAUAACCAUGCACAGGUUGAAGAAGAAAAGAAGCACAAAAGCAGUGAAGUGGAAGUAUCAGAGAACGUAUGCGAUGCUGCUGAUGAGAGUGGAUUGUUUCCGCAGAGAAAGCGUGGAAGAAACAGCAACCAGGAGUUUCCUGCUAUGCAGAAUGAGGGUUCUGAUAGUAGCGAUCCUGGUGUGCACAGGAAGGGAGUAAAGAAAAAGAAUGAUGACAAAUGGGCACCGGGAGGACGUGUGAUGGCACCGAUAUUUGAAAAGACCAAUUCACUGACUGGUGGUCUGCUGCACGUGAAUGAUGAUGGCAUUUUAAGGGAAGUGGAUCAGAGUGAUGACAGGCCUGCAAGGAAAACACCGUAUGAAAAGAAGAAGGUCAAAGAACAAAUUAAUUACGUGAAUGACCUGGAUGACUUAACUCAGUCGUCUGAGACUGUUUCUGAGGAUGGCGACGGGCUUUACUCUACGAAUUCCCCAUUGGAAGUAGAACCUCUCGAUGUGGGGCGUAAAGAUUCUGGUAGCUUGUUGAAAGUUUGGGAUGCAGUUUUUCCCUGUGAAAGAUUAGUAGAUUUUCAAAGAAGGCACUGGGAACUACGUAGAGAAAAAAAUCACAAAAUGAAAAGUAAGGUUCGUGGGCUACAAAAAGAGCUGUCAGAAAGCAAAGAAGUAAAAUCACAGUUGGAGCAUCAGAAAGCAAUGUGGGAACAAGAGCUCAGCAGCUUGAGAUUCACCUUAAAGCAAGAAGAAGAGAAUAGAAGAAAUUCUGAUAUGUUAUAUGAAAAAAUGAGGGAGGAGUUAAGAAGAAGAGAAGACGAAUAUAGGAAACAAAUUGAAAUGAAACAGCAACUAGAAUUCACUCUCCCAGCACUCAAAAAGGAACUGAAGACUGUGAGAAAUAAUGGGAAUCAGGUGGCUGAGAGUCGUGGACCGCCUCCCUCUGUGCCCGUCAGCCCUCCAGGCCACCUGCCCCGUGAACAGCUCCGAGCUGGCUCCGCUUUCCCAGCUGGGUUCUCCCUCACAGCAGAGUCUCUAAGGACAGGUGUUAACUGGCGUCCUCGAGAGGUUUCUGAUAGUGGGAGAAAAGUAAAAGAUCUGUUACACAAAAACCGCAUGCUGCAGGAUGAAAUUGCCAGCCUAAGACUGGAAAUAGACGCAGUAAAAAAUCAGAAUCAGGAAAAGGAGAAGAAAUAUUUUGAUGAUAUUGAAAAUCUUCAAAAGGCAAUGAAAUCGAAAGAGGAAAUAUUAACAGAGACUAUAUUCCAGUAUACUGGUCAGCUUAAUGUCCUGAUAGCUGAGAAUACAAUGCUCAAAUCUGAGCUGGAGAACAAUAAACAAAGCAAACAGGCACUGGAAACAGAAGUGGAAUCCUACCGUUCUAGACUGGCUGCUGCCACACACGAUCGUGAUCAAGGUCAGGCAUCACAAAGAGACCUGGAGCUUGCCUUCCAGAAAGCAAACGACGAGAGGUUAUGCUUGCAGGACCAAAUGAAGUUCGAAGCGACUAAGCUGAGAAGUAACAGUGAGACGGCUUCCCAGCAACUUUCUGAAGUGGAAAGUCAAUUCAAUAAGCUAAAAAUCAAGCUGCAUCAGACGAGAGAUGAUCUCAGAGAAAAGACUUUGAUGUUAGAAUGUGUCCAGAGAGACCCACGCCAAGCAGAGUGUCAAAAGCAGGAAAUUGAACACAAGUAUCUGAACAAACAAGGCAAAGUGAAUGAAUACCUUAAAAAGCAGGAAUCCUUAGAGGAGAGAUUGUCUCAACUCCAGAGUGAAAACAGGUUGCUCCGACAGCAAGUGGGUGAUGCACAAAAUGGAGCCGACAGUACAGAGAAGACAGUCAUUAGCAUCCAAGACCAGAUUCAGCAGAUCGUGAAAAAAGUCCAUGCUGAAAUUGAGAAACAAGGUCUGAUGGUGCAGGAAAAAGACAAGGAGUUAAUCAACGAAUGGAAUCAUUUAGAAGAGAGACCUUGUCAGUAUGAAAAUGAGAAAGCAGAAGGAGAAUUGCAAGAAGCACAGGAUCAACAUGUAGAGGCCGUGAGAUGUGCUGAAAAAACACAGGAUCACAUCCAAAAACUUGAAAUUGAAAAUGCCGAGUUACAAACUACAGUCAAAAAGCAAGUGGGCAAAAUUGAACACCUUCAGAAAAACCUGUUAAGUACAAGAUUGAUUGAUCAUCUUCCAGCAGAGCUAGAAACUGCAUGUUCACAAUGUCUGCACCUGGAUGCAAAAAAUCGAGUUCUUCAACAGGAGUUAUUAUCAAUGAAAGGAUGGCAAAGGAAAUGUGAGAAACUAGAGAAAGAGAACAAGAAGUUGGAGCAAGAGAUACGAGCAGCAUCUCAAGAAAACUUACAGCAGGUCCAUGAGGAGCUUAUUGCUUCCAUAAGAAGUCAGAUGGAACUCAGAUUUAAAGACUUGGAAUCUGAACUCUCCAAGAUGAAAACUUGUCAAGAUUCUAAUAAAGCAGAGUUGGAAAAAUAUAAGCAACUCUACCUAGAGGAACUAAAAGUUAAAAAGGCAUUGGAAAAAAGACUAGACAAGACUAAUGAGAGGCUGGCAGAGACGAGCACCAAACCUGAGGUGGAGAAACAGCAGAACAGGUCUUUACUGAGCACUCUCACCACGAGGCCAGUCCUGGAGCGCCCUGGCAUUGGAAAUUUCAAUAAUACUAGAAUGUUCAAUUCAACUCUGUCCAAGAGCAAACCUAGAGUUUUCUACCUCAGUUCCACUCCCUUCAAAUAGCAGCAUGGUGACUUACUUGCUCAAGGUUAGUUCUAAUAUCUUUUUUUCCUUGGGUUUCAGAUUUCUUCUAUGAAUGAUUCUUGGUUUUAAUCUGAACUUCUGAGUUGUUUAUUUGACUUAUGCACACUAAGUAAAAGCCAUAAUUAA